AUGUCGUUCCCUAGAAGGGUCCCUUCAUCGGCCCUGCUGUCAAGCUUGCGCUCAUCCUCAUCUCGAUCCCAAUUUUGUCUCCGAUUUCACGCAAGCAAAUUAAGAUAUGCAUCCACAGAGCAAAACUUAGGAGAAGGUCGAUCAUUCAAAGGGCAACUUUACGAAAGCACCCAGGCGCGGUUGAUCAAAGAACGCGCGGAAAGGCAACAGUACUCUAAGAAUCGGAAUGAAAGUGCUGGAGGAAAGAAUUCGGCUUUGACAUUCGUUAUCAUAUCGGUGGCUAUAGGAGGAUAUUAUUUUGGCUCCUACAGGAAUCCCGGUGCACCUACGUCCUCCACUACCCCUCUUUCAACCACAAAAUCUCUUCGACACAAUACGGGCCGUUCAAAUCUCGAAUCUGCGUGGGCAGACUUUGUCGAGAUAGUGGGCAAGGAAAAUGUUUCUACCAUCGAUUCAGAUCUGGAGAGCCAUUCGGGCAGUGAAUGGUCAUCUCAUUUGAGAAAGCCUAGUGAAGUACCAUUUAUGGUGGUUUCCCCUUCAUCAACAGAACAAGUAAGCGAGAUUAUGAAGAUCUGCCAUCGAAGGAAAAUACCCGCUACUGCAUAUAGUGGAGGCACAAGCUUGGAAGGUCAUUAUGCUCCUACACGAGGUGGCAUUUGCAUAGAUUUCGGAAGGAUGAACAAAAUUCUAAAGCUACAUAAAGAUGAUAUGGAUGUGGUUGUUCAACCAGCUGUUGGCUGGGAACUCCUCAACGAAGAGCUGGCGAAGGAUAAUCUAUUUUUCCCUCCAGAUCCAGGUCCAGGCGCCAUGAUAGGAGGAAUGGUAGGAACUGGAUGCAGUGGGACAAAUGCAUAUAGAUACGGUACCAUGAGGGAAUGGGUCAUGAAUUUGACUGUUGUCUUAGCUGACGGAACAAUCAUCAAAACAAGACAGAGACCUAGAAAAAGUAGUGCUGGAUAUGAUUUGACUAAAAUGUUUAUUGGAAGCGAAGGAACAUUAGGAUUAGUUACUGAGGCUACAUUGAAGGUCACUACGAAGCCAAAUACUACCAGCGUGGCAGUAUGCAGUUUUGAAAGUAUCAAACAAGCAGCGGAUUGUGUUGGAAAGGUUUUCACCGAAGGCGUACCGAUUGCCGCCAUCGAAAUUUUGGAUGACAAUCAAAUGCUGAGCAUUAACAAAUCCGGUAUGACAACCAAAGCAUGGCUCGAAGCACCCACACUUUUCUUCAAAUUCGCAGGGACGCCUAAUGCUGUCAAAGAGCAAAUCAGUAUUGUUCAGAGGCUAGCAAAGGCAACGGGAAGCAAAACUUUUGAAUUUGCGAAGAAUGCAGAGGAACAAGUUGAGCUAUGGAGUGCAAGGAAAGAAGCUUUAUGGUCUGUCAUGGCGAUGCGAGAAAAAGAUGGUGAUCAUGUGUGGACUUCAGAUGUUGCUGUACCAAUGAGUCGAUUGCCGGAAAUCAUUGAAGAGACGAAAGCGGAUUUGGCCAAGAGUGGAUUGUUUGCUUCCAUCGUGGGGCACGUUGGAGACGGUAACUUUCAUACUAUUGUCCUUUACAACGAUACCCAAAGACAAAUUGCAGAGGAAGUAAUGCAUCGAAUGGUCAAGAGAGCCGUGGAAAUGGAGGGUACUGUGACUGGUGAGCAUGGAGUUGGAUUAAUCAAGAGAGAUUAUCUGAAUCAUGAAUUGGGCGAGAGCACAGUUGAUGCUAUGAGAAGGCUAAAAUUUGCAUUCGACCCCUUAUGCUUAUUAAAUCCAGAUAAGGUUAUGAGAGUCGAGAAGCCUAAGCCAGGAGAAGUUUCAGAAUGGUAG